GAAUUCUAGAACAAAGUGAGGAGAGACACUGAAUUCCUUUUCCAUACCAACACACAAACACACUUCAACGAUCAGCAAGAGCGAGCAAGCGACUUCAGCUACAGCUAGCGAUUAUUCAAUUUGAACAUUUCACUCUUUUCGUUCCACUUUUCACAACAUCCUCUUUGGAAAAUGUCCAAGUCUCAGAAAAUUUUGUAUUUUGUGCCUGCUGCAAACCCAGCCCACCCCAUCCAGCCCCCUCACUUCUACCCCCAGUCCCACCCCAUCCAGCCCCCUCACUUCUACCCCCAGUCCCACCCCAUCCAGCUUCCUCACUUCUACCCCCAGUCCCACCCCAUCCAGCCCCCUCACUUCUACCCCCAGUCCCACCCCAUCCAGCCCCCUCACUUCUACCCCCAGUCCCACCCCAUCCAGCCCCCUCACUUCUACCCCCAGUCCCACCCCAUCCAGCCCCCUUACUUCUACCCCCAGUCCCACCCCAUCCAGCCCCCUCACUUCUACCCCCAGUCCCACCCCAUCCAGCCCCCUCACUUCUACCCCCAGUCCCACCCCAUCCAGCCACCUUACUUCUACCCCCAGUCCCACCCCAUCCAGCCCCCUCACUUCUACCCCUCAUCCCACCCUGCCAUGCCAGCUCAUUUCUACCCCACACCCUCAAUGAUGGAGAUGAAACAACACCACUCCUCCAUCCCGUCUGUCCAGCAGCAGUAUCCACUGGCCACACCUGCUGGAUUUUGUCCUCCCGAUGGCUACAUGCACAAUGAAGUGUAUUAUCCCACUCCCCAGCCUCCUCAGCACACCCGGCCACUUCUGGCAAAAAAGGAGCGCACACUGUGUGAAGAUGAAGGUGUUCAGGAUGGCAGUAUUAUAACUCCUCAGACCCCUGCCACUGACGUGCUCACACUCGUUUGUCCAGAUGAACAAGUGCCACCUGUAUACACACUCUGGCCUGUGCCAGCGGUUGAGCCUCAACCCACCUCCGAUCUGCCUCCUGACCAAAGCAGCCGUGUCAUUUCUGAAGCAUCUCUAUCCACACCCACAACUCCUUCAUCUCUCGCAGUGGCUGAGAUUAUGGAGGCAGAGAAGGCCGAGCCAUCCACACUCCCAACUCCUACACCUCUCACAUUGGGUGAGAUUAUGGAGGCAGAGGAGUCUGAGCCAGCCACACCCCCAACUCCUCCACCUCUCACAGGGGGUGAAAUCAUGGAUGGAGAAGAGGCCGAGCCAUACAAAGUUCCACCUCCUACACCUCUCACAGUGGUUGAGAUUAAGGAACAGACUGUGGAUAUUGACGAGAUUGUCAACGGUAUAUGGGAGUGGAUAAAGGAUCAAGUCAUGAAAGAUAAGACCAAGAAGUUCCCUAUAGACAAGUCUCACCACAGCAAGUACCCCAAGUGUGAAGAUGAAGGUGUUCAGGAUGGCAGUAUUAUAACUCCUCAGACCCCUGCCACUGACGUGCUCACACUCGUUUGUCCAGAUGAACAAGCAGCGCCUGUAUACACAUCACCGCCUGUGCCAGAGCUUGAGCCUCAACCCACCUCCGAUCUGCCUCCUGACCAAAGCAGCGAUGCCAUUUCUGAAGCAUCUCUAUCCACAUCCACAACUCCUUCAUCUCCCACAUUGUCUGAGAUUAUGGAGGCAGAGGAGGCCGAGCCAUCCACACCCCCAACUCCUUCAUCUCUCACAUUGGGUGAGAUUAUGGAGGCAGAGCCAUCCACACCCCCAACUCCUUCAUCUCCCACAUUGUCUGAGAUUAUGGAGGCAGAGGAGGCAGACCCAUCCACACCCCCAACUCCUUCAUCUCUCACAUUGUCUGAGAUUAUGGAGGCAGAGGAGGCAGACCCAUCCACACCCCCAACUCCUUCAUCUCUCACAUUGUCUGAGAUUAUGGAGGCAGAAGAGGCCGAGCCAUCCACACCCCCAACUCCUUCAUCUCUCACAUUGUCUGAGAUUAUGGAGGCAGAGAAGGCCGAGCCAUCCACACCCCCAACUCCUACACCUCUCACAUUGGGCGAGAUUAUGGAGGCAGAGAAAUCUGAGCCAUCCACACCCCCAACUCCUCCACCUCUCACAGGGGGUGAAAUCAUGGAUGGAGAAGAGGCCGAGCCAUACAAAGUCCCACCUCCUACACCUCUCACAGUGGUUGAGAUUAAGGAACAGACUUUGGAUAUUGAUGAGAUUGUCAAGAGUAUCUGGGAGUGGAUAAAGGAUCAAGUCAUGAAAGAUAAGACCAAGAAGUUCCCUAUGGACAAGUCUCACCACAGCAAGUACCCCAAGAGAGUCGAACUGUUCAUCAAGAGCCUGGACUACAGCGUGGACGACAAGCGCCUGCACAAGGAGUUCCUCCCGUUCGGAGCCGUCGUCAGUGCCAAGGUGGUGAUGGAGAAUGGCCGCUCCAAGGGUUUUGGCUACGUUAGCUAUUCGUCUACUAACGAAGCCAUGGAGGCCAUUAAAGGCAUGAACGGGAAGAUGUUGGGCAGGAGGCCGAUUCAUGUAGCUCUGUCUAAUAGCAGAGAAGAGUGCAAGCCUCACCUCACCUGGACAGAGCAGAAGACGGGGAGCAGCCGGCCUACCAACCCUCGGCAGAGUCAGCACAAGGACACACAGAGAGUCCAGUCACAACCUUCACACAGAGUCUGGAUCGUUGGCGACAGCUACGUUCGACGGAGUGAAGCGCGAGCAAGGGAGACCAUGGGCACCAAUCUUGGUGUGGCUUCUCAGGUCGAGUGGUUUUGCAGGGGAGGCAUGUAUUGGGGUGAACUCCUUUACUUCUUCAAACAGUGCCUUGAAGGAAGAACUGCUCCAGAUGUGCUAGUGAUUCACUGUGGGGGCAACGACCUAGGACGUGUGGAACGUUUGCUGCUUCUCAGAACAAUGAAGAGGGACCUCUUUGAGCUCCACAGACAGUUUCCCCAGAUGAAGAUUCUGUUUUCUUCAAUCAACCAAAGGCGCCAAUGGCAGCAUGGCCUUCCGGGAAAGGUGGAGAAAGUGCGGAUGUUUGUGAACAACGAGAUGGCUACGUUUGUUUCGUACAUUAACGGGAGCUUUGUCCCUCAUCCGCACAUACAGUUUAAUAAGCCUGAACUGUAUUUAAGAGAUGGGGUUCAUUUAAGCCCUAAGGGACAUGAUAUAUUUUUAACUGGUAUUGUCCAGUGUCUGAGAGACCUCAACCCAUAAGCUUGAUGCAUUGAUGGUGGUUUCCUGUUCGACCAAGAUUGAAACCAAAGCCUGACCUAAUAAAAAUAUUUCUCCAACUUA